CUAGUACCAUAGACCCGUCUUGAUUUCAAUCAUAAACCUCAUAAACAGAAACCCAUGCAGCAAACAGUUGAGCGAUCUGUGGCUUGUGACAUAAGAUUUAUUUUGCUACACCUGAACUCAGCAGGCGCGAAAAUGAAACCGUAAACUUCCUAUUCCCAAAGUGUAUUUCCAUUUUUUGCAUUUUUCAUCGCGAUAGUAUAGUAAACAUCCGUAUGUUCCCUGUGAUUUGUAACGUCUACUUGUUCAGUGUAACGUCCAAUCCGUUUCGUCAUGGGCAUUACCGGUUUGAUCCCAUUUUUGGAGAAAGCCUCAAAACAGAUCCAGUUGCGCGAGCUCGCUGGACAGUGCGUUGCUAUCGAUAGCUACUGCUGGUUGCACAAGGGAGCCUUUGCUUGUGCGGACAAGUUGGCCCGCGGGGAAGUCACCGACAUCCACAUCCAGUACUGCCUUAAAUACGUUCACCUGCUGCUUUCUCAUGAUAUAAAGCCAAUUCUCGUGUUCGAUGGAAGACAUCUUCCCGCUAAGGCAGGAACCGAGGCCAAGCGGCGGGAAACAAGGAAUAGCUCGAAACAACGAGCAGCCGAGUUGCUGAGAAUGGGCAAGACAGAGGAAGCGAAAAGUUUCCUGCGUCGGUGUGUGGAUAUCACACACGAAAUGGCACUGCAGUUAAUCCAGGAAUGUCGCAAGCGAAAUGUAGACUGCGUAGUGGCCCCCUACGAGGCCGAUGCUCAGUUGGCUUUCCUCAACAAAGCAGGAAUCGCACAAGCGGUGAUUACGGAGGAUUCGGAUCUGAUGCUUUUCGGCUGCAGCAAAGUUUUGUUCAAGCUGGAUUUGAGUGGAAGUGGUUUAAUUAUUGAGGCGGAUAAGCUCUUUCUGGCUAUGGGUUGCAAAGAAGAGAAGUAUACAUUCGAUAAGUUCCGUUACAUGUGUAUAUUGUCCGGAUGUGACUACUUGGAUUCGCUCCCCGGGAUCGGUCUAGCGAAAGCACGCAAAUUUAUUCUGAUGACCGAAGAAACCGAUGUUCGGAAAGUGUUAGCAAAAAUUCCAGCUUACCUCAACAUGAGACAGUUGGAGAUAUCGGAAGAGUAUACGACCAGUUUCUUGAAAGCUGACGCUACAUUCAAACAUAUGAUUGUAUACGAUACUGUUAAACGAAAACAAGUCCGAUUGAACGAUCCUCUGGAGCUGGGAACAGAUGCAGAACUUUGCAGCAAUGCGGGGACUUUCCUAGAUGAUGAAAUUGCUUUUCAGCUUGCAUUAGGUAAUCUGGAUCCAUUCACGAUGAGAAAAUUGGACAAUUGGCAUCCGGACGAUCCGAACUGCCGAGCAACAGGAGGACGUACUUCCAGUUGGAAGCAAACUUCUAUUACGAAACAUCCCAGUAUUUGGAAAAGCUCCUAUGAAGGCCGCAAACCCAGCCAACCUGACAUACGGGAAGAUCUCACGCGAAGGAAUGCGUUCAAAAUAGCUGGAGUGCUGAAACGGCCGGCCUCCAUUCCGGAUACCGAAGAAUCGCAAAGGAAUCAAUCUAUAGACGAUGUAUUGGAGUCGUAUGGGAUACAGAAAGAGGAACCUGUGAUGAAAAAACUUUGCUUGGAUGUGAUGAAUAAGGCACAGAAGAAGCCCAUCGAUUUUAGUGAGAUUGAAGUACUGAAUGAUAUGGCAGAGCUUGAAAAUAGCUCUAGCAAAUCGCCAAAAAGAAGAAAUCCUUUCCAGGUAGCUUCUACUGGUACCAUCACUAUCAACCGUCGUUCUGCGGGUGGCGAAAUUCUCAUGUCUCCGACCAAACUCACUCCGGAGAAUAGUUCUCUACUGCGGAAUGUUAGUCCUGUUAAAAGGAUCGAUUUCGAUAACAAAAACCCUUCGCAAAUGCGCUCCAAAAAUGAAAAGCUUAACCGGUUUAAGCGAACCGUAAUUGCCAGCAACGGACAGAAGGUCAUCAGUCGUUUCUUCUCUUCUGGGUCCUCAUCGAGUACAGUAAACCAGCAAUCGUCUAGCGCUGAUUCGAUCGGGAGUUCACCAGCUCGAGAGGAACAAUCGGAAAAGGAACGCGAUGCCACUAGCGUUUAUUUGCUAUCGCCUGAGGCUAAACUUCACCAUCGGGGCGAUCACACUCCCAAGAAGCAAAAUCCCAAUAAUCAUGGAGGCAACCUACGCUCUCCGAAUCCCCCCGUCAAGGGUGAACGAAGCGUGGAGAAAGUUGACGUUGGUUUUGUUGAAGAACCGGAAGCUGGGCUCAAUUCAUCGCAGAAAGAAAAUCGAAAUGUCGGGGAAAAAUCUACGCGGUUGCAAUUAUUUGAGAGAGAAACAACAAGUGAUAAUAAUGACGAAGAAGGUGGCGCGUGGAUAAUUGAGGAUAAAUCAUCUUCCAGCGAUGAUGUUAUAGAGGUUAAGGAAGAGAGCAAAGUGAAAGAUACUCAAGAUUCAUUCGGUAUACUGUCGCAACGAUCGUUGACCGCGAAGGACUCCCAGAAGAAGACUUGUAAGCGGAUUGGGUUAUUGAAAAGUAAAAAGCUGCCGGAUGUUGGUGCUACCCAGAGUAAGCUCUCGAUGUUCGGAUUUCAGAAAAAAGUUCAACUCAACUAGAACAUAGGUGUAGGAAUGACAGCGCACACUGCCUGACAGAAAAUUAACUGCGAUUCAUUUCAUUAUUACGGCCAAAUUUUCUUGGACGAUUUUAUUAAAUAAAGUGAUUGUUUGAAAUAUAUUCAA